UCUCGAUGGUCGCGCGGUGGAGGUUUGGCUGAGGAGCUGUGCGCAGCAUGGGCAUCGGGGAUUACAUCUGCGUUACGCUGCGUGGUGGUGCGCCCUGGGGAUUCACCCUAAAAGAGGGAGAGGGGGACACCUACAGACCUUUCAUAGUCUCCCAGGUAGAUGAAGGUGGUCGUGCCUUCCGAGCUGGAGUGAGAGAAGGUGAUGAGGUGGUGUCACUCAACGGAGAGCCAUGUGCUGAUCUCACCCUCCUACGAGCCUUUGCACUCAUUGACACAUCGAUCGACUGUCUGCAGCUGCUUGUCAAAAGAUACUGCACCACCCCCUCAGAAGACUCUGAAUCAGAAGAGACAUACUGUGGUGAGAGGGACUCCUCUGGUCAUGUUUUAGAGAGCACCACCCUCCACAUCAUCCCUUCACACCACAGGUCCCAAAUCCCAAGAGAACUCUACAUAUCUGAGUCCCAGGACGAGGCCUACUGUGAGAAGUUGGACACAAAGUUCCCCAGAGAACCCCAGCUGCUUUACACUGAGCUACAUGUUCCCUCAUCUGGUGAUCAGAGGGGCCGAGAAAAUGACGGAGAAGCUCAGCGGUGCUUCUCCCCUGGGGACAUGGUGGAGCUCCAGGUGUCCAUGUCUGAGCAAACCUUGGAUGAUGUGGGGUGCACCUCUCUUGGGAGUGCUCUUGGGAUUGAGGGGGUGCUCUCAAACAGAGAGGCCGCUGACACAAUCAGCACCGCCACCGAGUCACACUAUGUACCUUGUUCUGUCAGAGAGCCGCUUCGCCAGCGUGGAGUGGUGCUCUGCUCCCCUUCUAUGCUGGGGCAGGUGGAGGUCAUUUUGCAGCAGCCAGAAGCAUCAGGAGCAGGGAGGGGCAUCCUGAGUGUGGGUGGCUCCAGGGUCAGUGGAAGUGUUGGAUCCCAAAGCGAAGGAGAAGAAGGAGGGCACUGCGAGGGAGUUCCUGGAUCUUUCACUGUCUCAUUUGGAAUUCCCUCAGAAGAGGCAACACCUGCUGAGGAACAGGACUCUGAUUCUGAGGGGGAUCAAGACAAACCCAAUAAGCAUCGGGCAAGACACGCUAGGCUCAGGCGCAGCGAGAGUCUGUCAGAGAAGCAGGUGAAGGAGGCCAAGUCCAAAUGUAAACGUAUUGCUCUCCUUCUUACGGCUGCUCCGCCCAACCCCAACAACAAGGGGGUGUUGAUGUUCAAGAAACAUCGGCAAAGGGCCAAGAAAUACACACUUGUGAGCUACGGCACAGGAGAAGACGAACCAGAGUACAGCGACGAAGACGACGAGGAAAACGAAGACAACAAACAAGAAACCCACACUGUUGAAUUAACCCUUGUGGCUCCAAACGGUUCUGAAAUAGACAAGCAUUUCCUUACUAAUGCCCAUAGUAGAAAAGGUGUGCUAACUAUCAACUGGGACAAGGGUCUCCUUGAGAUUGAAAGGAAUCUAAACAACCGAGCAGAGAUGGAAUGCUUGCCUGAAACCAAGGGCAAGGGUGCCGUAAUGUUUGCCCAACGGCGUCAGAGGAUGGAUGAGAUUUCCGCUGAACACGAGGAGCUCAGGCGCCAGGGGAUUCCUGUGGAAGCAGUGCCAAUGGAUACAAAGAAGAUAGAGGAGCACUCCUACAUGCAGUCCACAACUGAGGGCCAUGCUUACAUGGAUGUAAAUAUGCACCAACAAAGCCAACAACAACAACAGUACCAGGAAUAUCAGGAACAGCAGUACUAUGAGCAACAGCAGAACUACCAGCAACAACAAUACCAACAACAGUAUCAGCAGCAGCAGCAGCAGCAGUAUGAACAACAGCAUUAUCAACAACAGCAAAUGUAUCAGCAGCAGCAAGAAUAUCAUCAAGCACAGCAGCAAAUGCAGCACUAUUCUACAAACAUCAACGGCACAGUCCAACAUCAAACCAGUGAGAUGCAGAGUUCUUUAAGCAAUCGCACUGCAAAGCCUUUCUCUGUAGAGAACAUGGCGGCUACCCCUUAUUCUCCCGCAAUGAGUGGGACCAAUCAAGAUUCUGUGGGCCAAGGAGAGCAGAUAGCUUCCCGUGAUGAGCGCAUUUCUACCCCUGCAAGUCGGACUGGCCUUUUGACAGAUGCAAGGAGAAGAACUGCUGGCAAGCCUAUGUUCACAUUUAAGGAAGCACCGAAAGUAUCACCGAACCCAGCACUGCUAAACCUCCUCAACAAAAGUGAUAAGAAGUUGGGUUUUGAGUCAGGACCUGAGGAAGACUACCUUAGCCUUGGGGCUGAGGCUUGUAAUUUCCUGCAGUCUCAAGGAGUCAAACACAAGAUUCCUCCUCCAGUGGCUCCAAAGCCUAUGAUCAACCCCAACUCUCCUCCUUGGUCCCCACAGAUAGAAGUGACCAACCAGGACAUGCCUCAACAAGCUGAAAAUAGUGUAUCCACACCUGCUGUAGCCCCCACCACUGAGUCUACCCCUGCUCCAGAACUGGAGCCAACCCCCGCACCUGCCCCUGAGCCCUCUCCCCCUCCAGCCCCCCAGGAGGUUCCUGCCAGAACCACCACAGAGGAACAGCACACAUAUACCCACCCGGAGCCUGAACCUCAACAACAGCCUAUGCAAAUGGCAUCUCUGGAGGAAAAUGGUCAUAUGAAUUCAGCCCUGCAGCCUGAGCCAGCUCCUGUGACUAGCUGGGCUCCAGCACAAACACAAACACAGUCAGCUACCAAUUCUUGGCAUCCAGCUCAAGUGCAGCUCCAAGAGCCACCUUCAAGUCAAUCUCCACCACAGCCACCUUGGGUGACACGUCAACCUACUCAGACACAAGCACAGCCUCAGCCCCACGCAAAUACUUGGGCCCCUCAAAUUCAGCCAUCCUGGGCCCAGCCUCAAGAGCAACAACAGGUUCAGCCACCCUGGGCACACUCGCAUGAGCAGCCAAAUCUGCAGCAAAUGCAAUCAAAUUGGGGUCAGCCUCAAGAACCAGUGCAGCAGCAGCCCCAAGCCCCAUGGCAACAGCCAUCACAAACAGACUCUCAGCCUCAACCACCAUGGGUGCAACAAGCCCAGCAAAAACCCCAAGCACAACCUCCUUGGGCUCAGCAGGUUCAGCCAGAAUCCCAGCCACAGCCACCAUGGGUUCAGCAACCACAGCAUCAGGCUUCACAACAAGCAUGGCCACAGGCCCAAGCGUCAGGUCAGCCUCAAGCCCCUUGGGUUUCAGCUCAGCCUCAACAGCAACCCUCAUGGCCUCCAUCACAAAGUCAAGCUCAAGUUCAGCCACCUUGGAUGCAAGCAGCUCCAGCACAACCUCCAGCACAGCCUCAACCCAUGAAUCAAUGGCCACCAGUACCUCCCCAGGCUCAGUCCCAACCACCAUGGGCCCAACACCCCUCAGAACAUGGUCAACACCCAAUGAAUUCUUGGGCCCAAGAGCAAAAUCAGGCCCAACCACCAUGGGCUCAACCUGCUCCACCCCAGCCCACACCACAGCCAAACUGGCAACAGUCUGCUCCAAAGUCUCCACCACAGCCACCAAUGAAUACAUGGCCUCCACCUCAGGCACAACCUCAGACAUCUAUGAAUGCCUGGGCGCCACAGCCACAGCAACCACCUGUGAAUGUAUCAACAUCAAUGGUGAACACUCGUCCCUCUCCAAAGCCUUGGCAGCCACCACAGAGUGCCCCACAAAACCGGACCCCUCCUCCUCCACCACAGCGAAUGCACUCUUUCACCAUUGGUCAGCGAGUUUCAUCACCCAUCAACCCUAUGGCAACUGUCUUAAACCCAUCAUCCCAGGGUCCAGCUUUUGAGAUGCCAGCCGUCAGAGGGAAAGGAGCCGAUAUGUUUGCUAAGAGGCAGUCUCGUAUGGAGAAAUUUGUUGUGGACUCUGAGACUGUGCAAGCAAACAAGGCAAGCCGGUCAACAUCGCCAGUUGCUUCCUUACCAAACGAGUGGAAAUAUACUCCCAACGCACUUGGCAGGAGCUACUCCCUUUCCCCACCAGUCAGAGUACCAUCCACGGGCCAGAAGUCUGCUUCAGCUUCUUCUUCCCCCAAGCCUCCUGCUAAGGCCUCCACAACCAUCCCAACAAGACAGACAUCCUGGCUAGAGAAGGGCCGCAAACCCCUCAUGCCCUGGGAGGCUGCCUCCCGCCAUCCCCUAGGCCUGGUGGAUGAAGCCUUCGCUUUCCAGAACCUCCAGCAAAGCCUCGUCACAAAUGUCCGCUUGGCAGCCCAGCGCAAAAGGCUGCCUGAGCCGCCAGCAGAGUGGAAGGCCAGGGUGUCUUACGAAGCUCCGCAGAAAACAGGCAGCCAGACUUGGAGCCAAAGUCAAAGCCGCAGCAGUCAGAGUCGAGCUCCGCUGCCAUCAUUUGGGUCCCUAACGAGGAGCAGUGUCUCGACCCCUUCCGGCCGUGCUGGUUACAGUUCCCUGCCCAGACAGUGGCAGCCUCAGAGGUCAGUCACACAGGCAAACCUGGGGCCCUCAGUGUCCUCGUCUGAGUUUAACAGGCCCUUGGGAAAGCAAACUUACAAGUCUGUGUACACCAGCAGCACUUGGAGCUGGAGACGGUAGGAUAAAACUCAACCUGUGUGACAUUUGAUGAGUACAAUCCCAAGUUUCGCUGAUUCAAUAAUGUAUUCAAGUGCAUUUUCUUUUUUAAUUCAUUAAUACCUAAACAAAUAGUAAUAUGGGAAGUGGGAAGUUUGAGCUAACACACAAUUAAAUUGGCAUUUUAAAGGUUACUAGACUUCUACCUGUUUUGAUAUACAUUUUUUUUAUUUCAGCUUUUGUUGCUGUUAAAUAUCUAGUAUAAAAAGUUUUUAGAAAUCUUUGCAUGCCACAAUCGAAGGUGAAAGAUGAUUAACAAUAUAUGGAGACUUAAAAAAUGAUUUCUGCAACAUUUAACUGACGAUUUUGUAGAUUAGUAAAUACACUGAAGUAGGCUUGUAGAUGAGGCAAUAAGUAUGUUUUUGAGAAUGCAUAUAAUGAGUGAAAUGGGCAUGUUUAGUACAAAAUAAGUGAGAAGAUUUGAGUGAUUUUAAAGCAACAGUAUAUUUUCUAGAAAGCUGUAGCUGGAUGUUAGGGUUAGAAUAUAGAAAACAAGCAUUGAUGGUGUCCUGAGAAAAGAGAUAUAUGAGGAUGCUAAGAAGAAGACAGAAACAGAGACCCCCACCCCAUCAUAUAGGCAAGCGAGCUGCAAGAUUGUCUGAAUUGUUUUGAGCUUAUGGAUUUGCCAUUUGUCCUAGUUUAAUUUUCUUCAGUGGAUGUAUGUAUUUAGCAUGCAGUGAUUAUGCACUCUUUUUUUUGCUGGCUUUGUUUGAUUUUCAAUCCAUGAAACUUGAGAAUGAUUACAUUUGCGGCAGUGUCAGAAUCCAAUUAGUGAAGCAUUAGAAGUCAGGCUUAAAAGUUGGGGGAAAGGUUAUUGCUAUAACUCAGUAUGUUGUGUGUGGACAUGUUGUUGUGUAAGCAGCAAUAAGUGAGAUUAAUUCAUUUAUUUACCAGGUGCGUUUUAAUUAGUGCAUUAGCAUUUGGCCAUAAGAAGAUGAGAAGCGAUGAGGGAAGAUGAUAGUUCUCUAAGACUUUGUGCACCUGGAAUAAAUUGCUCUAUUCUCGUUGUAAUUGGGAGUGAAUUAAGUAAUGCUUUUGAGUCCUAAUCAUGACUACAAAAAAAUAUAAUUUUUUUAGUUCAUGGAUAGGUUUGCUGGUGCUGGGAGAAUUGCUUACAGUAUGUUAUGAAUUAGUGGCUUGUGUUUGGUUUGGAUUUUUGCUUUAGACUCCAGAGAUUAAAGCUAGCUUCCACAGAGUGUACAUAAUGUCCCAAUGUGAUUCUCACCAAGCAAUCUCAUAAACAUAAAUAUGAUUUAUCACACAGCAUUGUGUCAACUGCCUCACUGAGCAUCCUGACAUACUGUAGUGUAUCUGUGAUAAUUACACUGUGUUGCUUCCAUUCAAACACUUACUGUAGUGAUAAUGCAAUACCAGUAAUCAAUUUCUGCUCCAAACUAGUUUAGAUAUGGAUUCACGUUAAACAUCUUGCAAAAUAAAUACAACAGAAUAGCACUAUUUCACAAA